AUGGCACCCUCUGCAGAACUCAGUCUGCGAUAUCUCCCUGACCUUUCGACACCGCUCUCCGAUGGCGAUACCACCGCGCAAGCCAACUUCUCCGACUCGUCAUUCCAGAUCCCGACGGGCACCACCAACGACCUCUUAGCAGACACCACCAUCAACUUCCUGGGUAAUGAUACUCUCAGUACACCCGUGCUGUCCACCGUGCAACGAUCAACCGCAAGGGCCGCGAUCCCCGACAUUCAUACCAGCACAAACACGAAGCCACUCACGCUUGCAGAGCUCACCCCGAGACGCGAAAAAUUGCGCCAGCCCGUGCGCUCGUCGCUGCGACUUCGCCAGAAGGCAGAGGUGUCGAUCCCGACAACGCUACGGACGGCGGUGAUAAAUGACCUGACGGCGGCGCUCGAGGAGGAUCUCUCGCCCCUGCGGCCGCGUAUGCGCUCUCAGGCUCCCACUCUCGCGCUGCCGCAGGAAGAAUCGUUUCAGAUACCGUUGGGAUCAAAGCUCGGGGCUCUGUUAGCGGACGAGAGCAAUUUUCUCGCUGGGAAGGAUUUGAGCCUAGGUGGCCUAUCAAAACAGGAACCGCUGACGCUGAGCGAACUGACUCCGAGGCGGCCUAAGGUACCAGUGACGGACGAACACGCCAAUGUUCCUAGAUUGGAUACCGUGGACGAUAUGCUCCACUUUCUGAGGGCGGAGUCUGGGAAGCUGGAAGACGACAACUCACAUACAGUGGUCCCAGAAAUUCCAGGCGGAACUUUGCUCGCCGGCGGUACGGACUCUGAUCAUUGUAAGCCUUCCGCACAACCCACGUCUAAACCAGAACCCCCACUUCAGGCAGAUGUGCCGAUGGGGAAAAUAGAUAAGGCGAAGGAUCAUAUCACCCCUCCAGAACCUUCAAGUUCUCGCACAACGACAAGCUCCGAGAUACCGGCUAAUCAACGAAAAAACGGGAAAAAGACGAGACGCAAAGGGAGCGUCAUAGGCGGAGGCAUCUCAAAGACGGGGAAGGCCAAGGUGGCCCAGACGACUCUGGCACGGGUCCUCACGCGAAAUGUCGGGAAGGGGGGUGUGCGCCAGAACCCUAAGGGCGUAGAACUUCCCUUGCAGUCAAAGACAUCAAGUAGUUCGAAUUUCGUCGACCAUGAGCCAGGACAAAGGACAAGGGGAGCGACGAUCGCAAGUGCAAGCUCCGGGUCUGCUUCUGAGACGCGCCCCGCAGCAGGGGGGCUGGCAGCCACGCUAAUGGCGUACGGAGCAAAGAUAGUAUACGGGGCGGGCGAGACCGUCCUGGAUGACGAUCAGGACGCAUCUGCGGGGAUGCCAGGGAUUCGCGAACCUGGUGAAAAGACGGAGCUGGGCGUGGACGUGGGGAAGGGACCAGUUCCUGGGCCCUCCCUCUCUCAGCCUCUGGCCUCAGAUCGGGUGCUAGGUCGCCACAGCCCACUUGCGGCGCCGCAGCUGUCCCCGGCGCCGACAACUGCGGCGACGGGGACGGGGGAUCCACCGGUGCAGGACAAGAAAACCCUAAAUUCGGGUUGGGGUACGUCCAGUGGCCCAGGCAGAUCCGCUUCCUCUCUCCGCUCGUCCAUCAAACGCCCGACAUCAGAUGUCUCUGAUCCUCCUUCUCCCCGGCACAAGCGGAGUAGGCUCGCGCCAGCGUCCGGUCCCUCGGAACCCGCCUCCUUGAAUGAGCUCCCAAAAAGGACCCGCCCUCUCCGCGCGUCCAGGCUGAAGAACACAGCGCCUGGCGCCGCUACUUCUCUUGCCUCUUCCGCAUCCGCGCCUCUUCUUGCUCGCGUGCCAAGUGCUCCUCCUGCUCCUCAGCCCCAUGCGGAUCACCCUUCGAAGAUCAAGGCCAGCGACCAUACUGCAAAGACAAGAUUGUUCACGUCUUCUCGGAAUCUAGCGGUGCACAGACCGGUCGAAGCUGUACAUGCCCACACGACCACCGGGCAGCUGACGACCUCAAGUUCGGCUAGCAGUACUGCUUUUCGGGCGUCCAGCCGAUCAGGGGACCUCCACCGGCCGCUGGGCGAAAAUGUCCCAGAUGCUGCGUCAGCGCCACGCUCUCAGGGUGAAGGCUUUAUGCGCAAGCCCGGGGAAAUGCCCGUGUUCGAUAAGCCCGCUGUCUCGCUGCCCGCCGCGAAGCCCACACGACCAGUUGAGUUCCACUUCCAAUCCGAUGCACGCCUCGAGGCCCGACUUGGGAAGAGCGAGGCCAGCGAACGUGCAGCGAGCGCGUCGAGCACGGGGCGCCCACAUGCGCCCACCCACCAUCCGGUCCCAGACUUCAAGGCCAUGCACGCGUUGCAGGAGUCGCAGACGCUCGCGAGGAAGGAGCAGAUUGCACCGGUAAUACCGGUGCCGAUCGAAUUCGCGACAGACGUCCGAGCGCGGGAGCGCGAAAAAUUCGAGGAGGGCAGGCGCGAGCGCGAGCGCGCGCUGGAGGCGCUGAUGGAGGAGCGGCGUCGGGAAAAGGAACUCGAGGAGGAGCUGGAGGUCAAGGAGAUGCGGCGGCGGGCAAUCCCGAGAGCGAACGAGGUCCCGGAGUGGUAUGCGACAGCGCCGAAGCGAACGAAAAAUACCUAG